CUUUUCCAUUUUCGCUUCUCCUUUUUUUACAACACUCUCUGCAACAAAAGAUAAAAAGAAAACAAAGAAGCCUCACAGUGUUUAAAUUAAUCAGAAAAAAUGAAAUUCGAAAUUGAAAAUUAACGACUCUAUCAUUUCUCAUUCCCAAUUCACCCCGAAGAAAUAAUUUAUUUCCAACAGUGUCCCCAUUUCGCCGCUAAUUAUCAAUGGCUCCACCGAGCUCAGCGUCGCCGGUGGCGUUAUCGAGGCCGGUAGCUCAAAGGAAGGUCCGUCCUGCAGCUGACUCAUCGGAGAGCUACCGCCGGCGACGGCGUCCGCGGCCGAGGUUAUCGGUAUCGCCGCCGCCGAAGAAAUUCAGGUCGAUGGAGGAGAUCAUGAGAGUGGCGAAGCGCGUGGAGUUGCCGCCGGAUGACGACAGCGAAGACGACGGCAACGACGGCGAGGAUGUUAUGUGCGAGCAAUGUGGCUCAGGGGAAAGGCCGGAGGAGCUGUUACUCUGUGACAAAUGUAACAAAGGGUUUCAUAUGUUAUGCCUUCGGCCUAUUGUAGUUCGCGUUCCAAUUGGACCCUGGCAUUGUCCUCAUUGCUCGGGUGAUCAAAAUCGCACAAUCAAAAGUUUUUCACAAAAGAAGAUAGUUGAUUUCUUUGGGAUUCAGAAAGGCAGUGAAGUGAUGGUAAAAUGUACAUCUGCUCAAGGUAAAUGAAAAGUUGUAAUUUUUAUAUCGGGAUACAUUAUGUAAACACGAUGGAGAUCAUGAUCGAAUGUGGUAUUUCGGUUGAUGUCUAUGUACUUUUGUUAAACUAAGUUUUGUUUAAAGCGGAUUGGUUGACAUUGAUGUAUGUUUGUAAUACUAAGUUGUCGUUAGAGUAUGGAGACAGAGGAUUCAUAUAGCCGAUUCAGCUAGUUUUGGAAACUAAACCCUCCAAACCUAAAUGUGAGCUGCGAUUAUUCUAUUACUAAAAAAAGCCUACUCAAAAGGAGGGUGUGGAGGAGGACAUGAAUCUUUCACUCUUAAACCUAGAAAGGGAAGCGCAAAUCAUCCCAUUAUAUAGUAAUAAAUGUUUGUUAUCUUUUCCAAUUGAUGUAAUUUAUGUUUUGGUUGCUAGAUUUUGUUUCCCACUUGCUCUUUUGAUACGGAAUAAAGUUUUUCGAAUAUUCUCUUUUGUUUCUGUUUUUAGUUUUGAGCUGGUGGAUCGAUGAGCUAAGUGUGCAUAACAUAUAGAUUCAACAUUGAUGAUCUCAAAAUUUGAUGGUGGAAUCAAAAUCCUACAGUUAGCUUAUCAUUUUGAUCAAAUGAAUUUUUGCUAAAAAUUGUCUUUCUGUCUUUGCAGUAUAGCUUUUGUCUGAUAUCAUUUGAUAAUCUAAAGCGAUUUGCAAAAGAAGUAAUAAAAGAGUAAUCUCUGAAUUAUUUUGAGGUGACCAUAAGUUAUCGUUCUUCUCAUAAGUUAUCCCUUUGAAUUGAAUAACACAUAAAGCUAACAUAUUACAACAUCAUAACCAUGCUUGUAUUUUCUUUAGUCGUUUCCUGGGCAUUAAGGUUGGUCAGUUUUAUCUCAGUCUAGUCAUUAUUUUGCUUAGUGAGUAAAAGGGAUUUGAACACAGGAGGUUUCUGCUUGCAGAACAAAAUUUUCAAUCAAAAACAGGUUUUAUUGACAAAAGAUUACUUUCUUAGAUGUUCUAAUGUCUAAAACGUGACCGUUGCCAUUGUGAUAGUUGUGCAUAUAUGAAAGAAGUUUAACCUGUCUCAGUGACCAUGUUGUUUGAUCAACUUUCUGCACUGAUCAGACAAAUAUGGUAUGUGCUUGUCUGUAGAGCAUUCUGUUUUCUCCACAUCUGGCAACUAGUUUGGAUUGAGGCUUAGUUGGCUGUUGAUUAAUAUAUGCUUUAACCAAACCACUCAUGUAUGAGGUAAGUAUUAUGCUUGCGGAAAGCAUUCAUGCAACUACUUACCAAAUUUAUUAAGGAUGAUCUAUCCUUAUUAACAAAAGUAUGAUUU